CAGAAACAUGAUACUUACGCUCAGGAGUAUCUCGUCAAGACGUAUGGGCGUCUUUGUGGGUACUACAUGGGAACCCGUGCUGCAAUCCUUGUGGCUGACCCAGAGAUGGCAAAACAGAUAUUGGUCAAAGAGUUCGACAAGUUUGUCAACAGAGGGUGUCACAUUGUCACUCCUACCUUCAGCGCUGUCAAGAUCAAACAGGUAGUGCCAUUGAUAAGUGAAUCCUGCAGAAUCCUGGUGGAGCAACUAGGUCAAGCUUGCAAGGAUGGCAAAAGUGUGGAUGUGUGUAGAACUUACGUGAAGUUUACGAUGGAGACCAUUGUUUCUACGGCGUUUGGUAUCGACUGCCAAACACAGACAAACCCUAAUGAUCAAUUUUUAUCCAAUGCCCAACGAUAUUUUGGCAAACCAAGUCUCUUUACAAUAUUGCCAGGCUGCCUCGUGAUGAUCCCAGUGUAUGCCAUUCACAGGGACCCCGAGAUCUGGCCAGAACCGGAGAAAUUUCAGCCUGAAAGGUUUACCGCCGAAGCCAAGCAAGCUCGUCACCCGUGCGCUCAUCUGCCCUUCGGCGAAGGUCCUCGCAAUUGUAUUGGAAUGCGGUUUGCCUAACUUGAGGUAAAGAUGGCGCUGGUCUACAUUCUGAGGCACUACCGUCUGGAGAGAUGUCCUGAAACAGUGGUUCCUCUCCAGCUUCAAGGCUUUAGCUACCAGGAUCACAAAACCAGCCACGUCACGGCAUUUACCUCAAGAUUACAAAGCCUUAGUUACUUCCAAAUUCAGCCCUAA